AGUAAACAAAAGUUUGGUUAGGAUAUUUAUCCAAUUGGGUCCCGAGCUGACGACACAGUGAGAAAACAUACACAUACAGGAAGUGAACAAUCUGUUAAAUAUUCUUGUAUGAUUCUAUCAAACCGGUGUUAAAUCUAUAAGAUAUUCCCAAAUCCAUCAAAAAGGUUGUCUCAGCAUAUUUGUCCAUUUAUCUGACAGGUAACUCAUGUAAUUAAAAAGGCAGGAUAAAAGACAGUCAUCGAAAGUUUACGAAAAAACAAACGCGCUGGUUAUUGUGAAAGAAAAACAGUCAACGACACUAUCAAAAUGGAUUUUGAUAGUCCCGAUGUUAUGAAGGACUUCCCAGGACUAUAUGCCUGCGAUUUGAAUAGAAAAUGUAACAAUGACAGUGACUACAGCGAUGAAGCUGACAAAAUUAAUAAAAAGGAAAUGUUAAUUGGGAAGAGGAAGGACAAGAAAGACAAGAAAGACAAAGAUAAGGGUUAUGCUGCUUUAGAAGGGGAGAGUUCAGCUGAUGAAGAGUGUAAACCUAGAAGUCCUUCCAAAUCUAAGAAAAAUAAGCCAUUUAAGUUCAGCACGAAGUCAAAAGAUAAAAGAGAGAAGUCAAGAGAAAAAGAAAAAGAUUGUGAUAAAAAGAAAGAGAGGGACAAAAAAAGCGAGAAAAAAAGUGACAAAGAAAAAAACAAAAAAGUUAAACAAUCAGUGGAUGAAUUCAUCGAUAUAGCAGAGACUCUUCCAAUAUUUGGAGUUAAUCUUGAAACUGCAAUAGAAAGAAGUCGUUGCCAUGAUGGAGUCGAUAUACCUCUACCAAUCAGAGAAUGUAUUGACUACAUUGAAUCAGUAGGCAUGUCAUUUGAAAAUAUUUACAAAGUUAGUGGUACCAAAUCAAAAGUUUUACUUAUUCGAAAAAUGUAUAAUAACAGGCAAAAGAUUAAAUUGGAAGAUUAUGAUGUGCCUACUGCAACAAGUUUACUUAAAAUGUUUCUAAGGGAUUUACCGGAACCCAUUUUCACAAGUGACUUACUGGUGAGAUUUGAGGAAGCUGGAGCCAUUUUAAAUUUAAACACCAGAGAGAAGCACCUAAAAAUACUUGUGGAUAAUUUACCUCGACUCAAUAAAUUAUUAUUGUCCUGGCUAAUAGUGCAUCUAGAUAAUGUUUCUUUAAAUAACAAUAUGAACAAGAUGACCAAACAAAAUUUGUCGGCAGCACUUAAUCACACAUUUCACACAUCCUCAAAACUUCUUCAUGCAUUGUUACUUCACAGUAAGGCAUUAUUUCCUGAUUUAAAAAUAGUACAAUAUGUGCCGCCGUUAAUAAGCGGUCAACAAUUGCCUGAAGAUUUAGAAUCAAUUGAAUUGGAAUUAAAAAAGCAAGAAUCUCUUCUAACUCAAAUACACACUGAAAUGAAAUUCGGAUGUAUACCCAAAGAAAGAGAGGAAUUAUUAUGGGAAGUGCAAAGAAUUAUAACUCAGUUGAAGAGAAAAAUUAAGUCAGCUAGGAAGGAAAAAGAGAUAGCAGCACCAGAAAAUGAACAAAAUACCCUCAAACAAGGAACAGCGACGGUCUCAGAAGAUAAAAGUGCUGCAGUUCCUGGUCACAUUUCUGAUACUGUUACACAAGCAACAACAGAAGAAGAACAUUGCACAGUACAUGUUACUGAGCCACCUCCCGAACUAAAUCCAAACAUAAAUGCCCUGAAUGAGUUUGAACAAUCAGUGAUUAAUGGUACUGCUGAUUCAUCAAUUCAUCAUGUUCAAGAAGAACCGAAGAACGUUGAUGCGACUGCUGACGAUAAGGAAUUGAAAAACAGUUCAAUUUUGGUCACUGAUAACAACGCAUUAUUAUUCCUUAAAUUUAAAAAUAAAGGUUUAACAUCUUUAAAGGAUCAGCUAACAGCAUCUAUAAUGGAUGAGAGGAAAGAGAUUGCAAAUUUGAAAAGCCAGUUGAUGACCGAAAAAAUGAUAACUCCUCUACCACCAUCGACUAACGAUGGUUUAGAUGAAUUGAUGAGUUUGUUACAAAAGGAAAAUCAAAUAUUACAAAUUACAAAGAUUAACUUGGUCAGAAAAAUUAUUGAACAGCAAGAGUUCUGUAUAAAUUUAAGAGCGAAAUUGGAGUUGGCAUCGAAUUUUUAAAUUUAACUGUAUAUUUUUUGUUCCUUAUUUAUUGUACCAUUUUAAGUUUUAUUUUAAUACAAAUAAAGAAUUUAUAAAUCUCUAACGUUUA